AUGUACUCCUCGGGGCAUAGGCGAUCUGGGUCAGAUAGUAUAGAUCCGUUCUCUGACCCGGAUGUCUAUUACGGUGGAAAUGAAAUGACGGUUGGAAGAAAUGCCCGGAAGCACCAGCGAGCGCAAUCGUCGAGCUUGAAAAGGUUCGAUUUGAGCGACAUUGGGAGCUUUAUGGGAAGACGAUCCAGCCAUGAUGAAGUAUCGCAUCCUAGAAGAUUUCUCAUCGACGUCGAUGCUACGCUGGAGGCAUUACUGGAAAGGGAGGACACGGAUAGAAAUAUGCAGAUCACAAUUGAAGAUGAAGGACCUAAGGUUUUCUCCGUCGGCACGGCUGCGUCCUCCGGUUUCAACAGAUUUGAUUUGCGAGGCACCUACAUGCUCUCAAAUCUCCUCCAGGAACUAACCAUCGCGAAAGAUUAUCACCGAAAACACAUUCUGCUUGAUGAGCAGCGUUUGAAUGAAAACCCAGUUAACCGUCUAUCGCGAUUGAUUACCAAUUCUUUCUGGAAAGCUCUAACUCGGCGAAUUGAUGGUUCCAAUAUUGAAAUUGUGGGAAAGGACCCAAAAGAUUGGACUGAUGACCCCCGGCCGCGCGUUUAUGUUCCUCGAGGGGCACCGGAGCAAUAUGAAUACUAUCAGGAAAUAGCUAACAAGCGGCCAGAGCUACGGUUGGAUGUUCAAUUGCUUCCGCCAGAAGAGGAGAUUACUCCUGAAUUUGUCAGAGAUUUAAACUGCAAGCCGGGUCUUCUGGCAUUGGCAAUGGAAAAGUAUACAGAUGACGAGACUGGGGAAACUGAUUUACGAGGAGUACCAUUUGUAGUCCCAGGUGGUAGAUUCAAUGAGCUCUACGGUUGGGAUAGCUACAUGGAAUCUCUCGGACUCUUAGUCUCUGAUAGGGUUGACCUUGCGAAGGGUAUGGUGACCAACUUCUGCUUCUGCAUCAAGCACUACGGGAAGAUCUUAAAUGCCAAUCGCUCGUAUUAUUUGUGUCGAUCUCAGCCACCAUUCCUUACCGAUAUGGCUUUGCGAGUCUACGAAAAAAUUAAACCAGAGCCAGAUUCGCUGGAGUUUCUUCGCCAUGCCAUGCUAUCCGCGAUCAAGGAGUAUUAUAGUGUUUGGAUGUCUGAACCAAGGCUUGAUCCUAUUAGUGGACUGUCUAGAUACCGACCUUCUGGCAUCGGCGUUCCACCCGAGACAGAAUCAACUCAUUUCUACCAUAUUCUUACCCCUUAUGCUGAGGAGCGUGGAAUGUCCUUUGAUCAGUUUGUUGAGGCGUAUAACAAUGGGAAACUCCAAAUUCCGGAGCUGGAUGAAUAUUUCUUGCAUGAUCGUGCUGUUCGUGAAUCGGGACAUGAUACAUCAUAUCGUCUUGAAAAGGUCUGUGCCAACCUGGCGACAGUUGAUUUGAACUGUUUACUAUACAAAUACGAAGUCGACAUUGCUCGCACAAUCCGCGACUUCUUCAAGGAUAGGCUUGAUAUCCCACCGGAAUUUCGUACCAAAAAUAUCGAGACUAAAGAAUUCGAGUCUUCGGCCUUAUGGGAUCGACGAGCGAAGCGUAGAAAGGCGCUGAUCGAUAAGUACAUGUGGAACGAAGAGAAAGGUAUGUAUUUUGACUACGAUACCAUCGCCCAAGAAAUGACCUCGUACGAGAGCGCAACAACGUUUUGGACUAUGUGGGCUGGCAUUGCCACACCACGGCAGGCAUCGAUUCUCAUCAGCAAAGCUCUACCUCGAUUUAAAGCUUAUGGCGGCUUGGUUUCUGGGACUGAAGAAUCUCGCGGUAUUGUCGGCAUUGAUCGUCCUAACCGUCAGUGGGACUACCCGUACGGCUGGGCACCGCAGCAAAUGCUGGCAUGGACGGGCCUCCUCCGUUACGGAUAUCAAGACGAAGCUGAGGAAUUGGCCUACAAAUGGUUGUACAUGAUCACAAAGGCGUUUGUUGAUUUCAACGGAGCAGUGGUGGAGAAAUAUGAUGUCACUAGGCCUAUUGAUCCACAUCGGGUGGAUGCUGAGUAUGGAAACCAGGGGAGCGAUUUUAAGGGUGUUUCUAGAGAAGGAUUCGGCUGGGUUAAUGCGAGCUUCCUUUACGGUCUGCAGUUUUUAAACGCUCAUAUGCGACGUGCAUUAGGAGCAUGCACUCCUUAUGAAACAUUCAGUAGGGCCACAGCAUUGCAAUAUUAG